CGUUUCGCCUCCCGUGUACCCGUUUUUAAUUUAGUCUACCUCGAAUUGCUGACCACCGCUGACUACUACGCCGUCUAACCAAUAGGCCGGCGUCAUAUCCAGUAUUAUCCAACGUGUAGCCACGACGUGUAGCCGGAGCCGGCUCAGUCGUGUGAUAAACGCGGAGGCACCUGGGUAGGCUGUGGCGCACAUCCGUCGACCGCCGAUGAAUCGUCCGCGAACAAUGGAUCCGUGAACUCCGUGAAACGGAACCGCGGACAGCUGAUCAAUUGGCCAAUUGUUGCUUGACCGUAGUGUUUCGAAAACUGUCGAUCGAUCGUUCUGUUUUUGUUCCUUCGAAUCUUGAUCACCGUGAGAAUCACUAGUGGAAAUUGGAAUAUUGGAUAUUUGGCACGAUCCAGAAAAUUGAGAAAAUCAAGGUAUCAACUUGGUAGAAGAUCAUUAUCAUAAGAGAAUGAGUCUUCGUUGGAUUCACGAGAACUUAGAGGCACCGACAUGCGACGAGGAAUGCAGCGACAUCGAUGACAGUUGUAGCGACGAUAGCUACGAUUCCGAUCUAUCGAUCGGCGAGGAGAAAGGGCCGGCUAGCGAAAAGGAGAUCAAUGGGGAUCGUAGGAGGAAAAGGGAGACCAGGAGGCAUCCGACCACUACAGUGAAGUUCGACGAGAACGGAACUUCGCAUUACAUCACGGCGGAAUCGGUUAAACGCUCGCCUUGCGUAAUAUGGGAUCCUAGGAAACCGGCACAAAAUCCUGUGUACAAUUGUUUGGUAAUCAAAUUGUUCUGUCGAACCGGAUAUCAUCUCGGUGUGUCGGAGUCCGGUCGUGUUCGAGGCUUGAGUGCUACGAAUGAGCCACAUGCUUUGCUUCAUAUUAUACCGGUAUCAUUUGGAGUGGUACGAAUACAAAAUAUCGAGACCAGUCUUUAUCUGGCUUUCAACAAGAAAGGUCGUUUGUAUGGAGAGUUAAAUGGAAAUAAAGAUAAUACUGAAUGGGAACAAUGGAACGUUGGUUCUUACGAUGCUUUUCGAUCACGAAAGUAUGCGAAUUACGGAUGGUGGAUAGGAAUAAAGAAGAAUGGUCGUGCGAAACCAGGACCAAGAACUAGUUGGGGCCAAAAAUCGAUACAAUUUUUAGCUAUACGACAAGAAUAAUUUCUAUGAAUAUUUUAUACAUAUUUACAUAUUAAAUUAUAUAGAGUUAUUUGAAUUCUUGACCAAGAAAAAUAAAAAAAAUAAAAAUUUAAAUGAAAUAAAUUAUAGUCAAACGACAAAUCAAACGCAUAAUACGAAUUAAUAUAAAACUUUGUAAUAAAUAUAAUUUUUUACUAACAACGAAAAUCAAAUGUUCUCAACAGGAAAAAUAUAAAAAUUCGUUAUUUUCUAUGAGAAAUAAAUAAUUGUUUUCCAAUAGAAUAUAAUGUUUAUUAUAACACUGUGUUACUCAACAAUAGAUUGUGCAUUCUGCUUGUGCCCUUCAACUGAAACUUCAAGUUGCAGUUUUAAAAUUGCAAUACAUUUCUUUUUUUUUAUCAAUUACAAUCGUUGAUCGAUCAUGCUGCAGGCAAAGUGUCAAUGGAAUUUUUAUUCAGUCAGUUAAGUGAAUUAAUUUAAAGUUUACACUGUGCUCGCAGCAUUUAUAUCGUAAUUUAUAUAGAACGCUAAUAUAUGUCGUAAUAUAUUAUAUAAUUAUAUGUAAUAUAUUUAUAUUUAUAUGUAAUUGUGUAUAUAUAUAUAUAAUUAUUUCUUAUCUCUUUUGUACAUCUACAUACAUUGCAUACACGUAUAUCGAAACUCUUAAGCGAAAGCUUCAAUUAAAAAAAUGUUGAUGUUUGAUUAAAUAUCGUAAUUACAAACAUUUAUUACCCUUAUUUCUUAUUUAUUAAUAUGUCAAAGAGCGAUAAUUAACUUCAACAAAUAUGAUUUAAUAUUGGAAACGAAUCAUACACCUGUAAAUAUCAAGAAAUCGAUAAUUAUGAAUCUUAACAAGUAUUAAUUUUAUCUUUUAAUAUUACAUAAGUCGUAUAUUUUAUUCUUUAUAAAACUUUAUAUUAAAUCAUAACUGAAAUUCUUUAUGUUUAAAUUCUUUUUACGACAUUUAAUUGCAUAAAUACAAAAUGGAAUUCUUUGGCAAAUAAAUAACAAUCAUAAGCGUUUUAUAAGUAAAAAGCAUUUGACUAAAAAAUAAAAAUUAAACAAUGAUUUUUUUCUGAUACACACAUUUGAAUUGUAAAGUUGAAUGAAUUCGAAUAUGUGUUUCA